ACAUAACCAGGAAGUAUAGUAUUCGGGUUGACACUGACACUGCUAGUUCGUGAACCAACGCGUGUAGAAACUGUAACAUAGCAUAACUUCGCUUUAUUUUUCCAAUAGUAUAAACAGGAUUUUCCAACAGUAACCCUGCAUACAACCUACCAGACUAGUUUUCCCUGCAAAGCCGAUAUGUGUCAGUGUAAGAACUACUAAGCAAAUUUUACUUCCUUUUGUUCCAAUGUAUGUAGCCUAACGGUGUCUUGAUGGAAAAGGUUCGGAAAAUUUUAGUGCAUCUGUCUAGGGAUAAGGAUGUUCCGCAGUGCGCGCGGUUCGUACAGAGCAUCACUGGGCAUUUUGCUCGCAACAGCCUCGACGACAAUGUGAAAGUUAACUGCUCCCUCGAGAAUAAUCGCUUUAUUUUAUGUGACAAUGAAAAUGGAAGCCGGACGCAACUUAGGAGGGCGCGAUUCUGUCCAUUCAAACAUCUAACAGACACGGAGGCAGCUUCUCUUCCUGAUGACGUACUAAGCCGUGGGGUGGACGUUGGAGUCGCCGUCCUUUUACAGUCAGCAAAUCAGAAGUUGCUGUUGACCCGACGGGCGACCAGUCUCAGAAUUUUCCCUAACACCUGGGUUCCACCCGGUGGUCAUGUUGAACUAGAUGAAACGUUACUGGAUGCUGGACUGAGGGAAUUGAGAGAAGAGACAGGACUUGAGCUGGAUUCUAAGGAUGUUUCCUCUCAGUUGCUUGGCCUGUGGGAGUCGGUGUACCCACCCAUGUUGUCAAGAGGGCUUCCCAAGAGGCAUCACAUAGUCACCUACAUGCUGUUGCACAGCUCACUCUCUCACGUCCAGCUUCAGGCAUUCCUGAAACCAGAGCCUGCAGAAGUGAGUGGUUGUCUAUGGGUGGACGCCAGCCUGGUCAAAGCCAUAGUAUCAGCAGUGGACGGUGAAGAGGACACUGUCCAUUUGGCCACUAACUUGCCUCAGUCUGUCAGUGUCAUGGAGGUCUCCUCCACGGGAGAACUGAGCGAGUCUGCCAUGCCCGUAUCUGUUCUCUGCAACCGAGCACCAGCCCAAGGCGAGGACGUGGAGCGUGUCAGCACUGGCACCAAGUUUGCCUUAGAGCUGUGGCUAAAGACCUUAGAGCCCCAGUGUUAAAAAAAACCUCUGAUGAGUUGUUGAUGCGUUAUUUCUUUAAACAGCAGUCAAGCAGAAGUGUUUUUAAAUGGCAGGGGGAAUUUUUUUGAAAACACAAUCAAGGAAUACUAGAGUGUCCUCUCCAAUGAGCGAUGAAAAUACAUGCUGCCUUUGAUAUGCCACUAGCAAAAGACAUAUCAGUAUUAUCCUUUAGAUUAGAAAAUGUCUCUUGUAGCCACAUGGUGGCAGUGUAAACACAGUUACCCAGCUGUAUGUGACAAUAAAGACCUCACCAUUGAAA